GCCCGCCCGGCCCCGCGCUCCCCGCCCCGACCUGCGGCUGCGGCGGCACCAUGACAGACCAGGCCUUCGUGACACUGACCACCAACGAUGCCUACGCCCGAGGAGCGCUGGUGCUGGGGUCCUCCCUGAAGAGGCAAAGGACCACCCGCAGGCUGGUGGUGCUGGUGACACCACAGCUCUCGGAGCCCAUGAGGAAAGCCUUGGAGACGGUCUUUGAUGAGGUCAUCGUUGUGGACGUCCUGGACAGCGGGGAUUCUGCCCACCUGACUUUAAUGAAGAGGCCGGAGCUGGGGGUGACGCUCACCAAGCUCCACUGCUGGUCGCUGACGCAGUACUCCAAGUGCGUGUUCAUGGACGCAGACACGCUGGUCCUGACGAACAUCGAUGACCUUUUCGAGAGGGAAGAGCUGUCGGCGGCGCCCGACCCCGGCUGGCCUGACUGCUUCAACUCGGGCGUGUUCGUCUACCGGCCUUCCAUGCAGACGUACAAGCAGCUGCUGCAUCUGGCUUCCGAGCGGGGCAGUUUUGAUGGUGGGGACCAGGGUUUACUCAACACGUAUUUUAGCAACUGGGCGACCACGGACAUCCGGAAACACCUGCCGUUCCUCUACAACCUCAGCAGCGUUUCGAGAUACUCCUACCUCCCGGCCUUUAAAGCGUUUGGUGGAAAUGCCAAAGUGGUGCACUUCCUGGGGCGAAUCAAGCCAUGGAAUUAUGCUUACGACCCGAAAACAAAAAGUGUCAGAAGCGAGGGCCACGACCCCAGCAUGGCGCACCCCGAGUUCCUGCAGCUGUGGUGGGACGUGUUCACCAGCAGCGUGCUCCCCGUGCUUCGGCAGCAUGGCCUCGCCACAGACACCUGCGCGGCCCUCACCGUGGAAGAGGCCUCGGGAGCCAUGUCACAUCUGUCCUUGGGGGAGUUCCCCACCGCGGCCCCGCCGUUUGUGUCCUCAGAAGAGCGGAAGGAGCGGUGGGAGCAGGGCCAGGCCGACUACCUAGGUGCCGACUCCUUCGACAACAUCAAGAGGAAACUGGACACCUACCUCCAGUAGCCACACUGCCACGUUCCACGGAAACAGCCCACGGCGCCGCCACGUGUUCCCCGAUCCCAGGGUUCUGGAGCGGGGCUGGGGAAGGUCUGUUUCAGCUGUUAGAGGCUUUCACUAAAAUGAGGGUUUUUCUGCAGGACAGCACGGGAGGAGGGGGCAGCUCUGUGACGUGGACAGCACUGUGCUUUCACACCCACGGCUUCCUGGGUGGAAGUUUCAGGGGCCCCUCCGAGAUGCUGAUGGCCCACCAACGCGCUCAGGGAAUUCUCACACCAUCGAGCAGGCUGUACCGACUUCCAACCUGUGCUGUGCCAGGCGCCCGGCGGUCUCCUUGCAGAAUGCGACAGGCCGCCUGGCUCAUGCUUGCUCGUGCCCGUCGCUAGACGUGCCUUGUAGAAUAGCCCAAGGCUGCAGGGGUUGCACAUGACACUCUCAGGCCAACACAGUCGGUUCGGCUGAGGGAGCCGCAUACUUCACCACAGACGGCAUUAACCCACUUUAUCUCCUGGGCCCACUGGCGGGGAAAUCUUCCUCCAGUUUCCUGCGUAUAAGGUGACAUGUUCAGUUCUGUGCAUCUGAAAAUAGUGGUGUGUUCUCUGAGCGGUACUUGCAAUGACACCUUUAUGAAAAAUAAAAACUUAUUGCCAUAUCUCGGUUGUCUACUUAAAAUGAAAUCUCCCCCAUUUAAGAAAGUGUACCUCUUUUAAAAUUAAGAUUGCAUGAAACCAUUGUACUGAAGAAGACGGGAGACAGAACCAGGAUGUUCAGAAACUUCAACCGAGUAGAAGCUCCAAGGGCCCCGAGGAUGUCCUCCUCAGACCCUCCCUGAGAGUGUGGGUGCAGUGAUUUGACACCGGGGAGUCGAGACCUGGAGGCAAGGAUUAGUUUGGGGGACACCCGAAAAGCCAGCUGUCACAGGUGCUCCAAAAGAGGAUUUACCUAAAAUUAUACAAUGAUUAAUGAUUUGAC